GCCUUUUAAUCCUCAAACGCGUCAUCUUCUGUCCGACUGAUACACCCGACCCUGCACUAUAUACUUGUUCUCUGUGUGAUUCGUGCGUGAGCUGCUGGUGAGUGAGUCUGUUCUGUGCUUUUAUCGCGUCCGAGGUGCUUCAUGUGAAACUUUUUAGAGCGCGUACUUGUACAGAUCCUACGCCACUUUCUGUAGACUACUGUGAUAAAAAACAUCGGCUCUACACACUGACAGGUUUCGAUAAUUCUCAUUAGACGCAGUAGUGGAGGACGCUGCGCUUGUUGUAGUCCGUUUUCUGGGACUUGUAGUUUUUUAUCGAACUGCGGAUUCACCAAAAGCAGCGAAUUCUCCUCCUCCUCUUCACUGCUCCCUGCUCAUCCUUGAUCCUGAAUAUUGACCUUUUGAUUUAGCUCUCAGAGGAACAGGAACAGGAAGCAGAAGAAAUGAGGUAUUUUUGCCCAAUUUCCAAGCACCGAGAGCUCCCCCGCUGACAACCCCCGACAUUUUGGAUAUUUAUACCCCAAAAACGAGCUCAAACUGCGGAUUUUGGACAACCAAGACACUCCUCUCUUCCACGGUUUGCACGGAGCUGGCACAUAUCAAAAGAGUUUGUAAAUUCCUAGAGCGCACCACCGUCGGCAGUAGCAGCAUGGCAGAACACCUUUCCCAAAGUGAACUGGACUACCCCUUUAAACUUCUGGAAUAUUUCAACGGAUUCAGGAUUUCUAAGAUCAUCUUCUCUGCGUGUGAGCUGGGAGUGUUUGACCUCCUGUUGACCUCUGACCCCCUGAGCGCGGCUCAGGUCGCGGCCAAACUGAACCUGAGCUCAGACGGAGCAGAGAGACUCCUGGACGCUCUGGUCGGAAUCGAGAUCCUGGAGGUGGACACGAGCCAGGAGACAGCCCUCUACAGCAGCACUGAUGUGUCGAACCUGUAUCUGACCAAAAACAGCCCCAGGUCUCUGCACGACAUGGUCCUGUACCAGUCCCAGACCAUCUACCCUCUGUGGAACAACUUGGCCGACGCUGUCCGGGAAGGAAAGAACCAAAAUGAGAAAACCUUUGGGCUUCCAGCAGAUCAGGUCUUUGAAACCAUCUACAGAUCGGAGGAGGACAUGCUGAAGUUCAUGGGUCUGAUGAAAUCUUCUUGGAUUCUCGAUGGACCUGACAUCGUCACGGCGUUCGACCUCUCGCCCUUUAAAACCAUCGUCGACCUUGGAGGAUGCAGUGGGGCCCUGGCUCGUGAGCUGAGCAGACAGUACCCCUCGUGUACUGUGACGGUGUACGACCUGCCGUCCGUCACUGAAGCUGCACAGAAGCAUUUCACCCAAGAAGACGACGACAUCACAUUUCAGAAGGGAGAUUUCUUCACUGAUGCCCUCCCUUCGGCUGAUCUUUUUGUUUUGGCUCGAAUCAUUCACGACUGGCCCGAGGAGAAGUGUGUCUCUCUGUUACGAAGGAUCCACAGCGUUUGUAAACCAGGAGGGGGCGUUCUUCUGGUGGAGGCCCUCCUGUUUGAGAACCACAGGGGUCCCAUCACAGCUCAGGUCUUCUCCCUGAACAUGCUGGUCCAGACCGAAGGCAGAGAGAGACGCCCCUCCGAGUACACCGCCAUUUUGAAUAAGACCGGUUUCCACGACGUCCAGGUGAGCCGAACGGGGAAGUGCUACGACGCCAUCCUCGCCAUCAGAUAACAAAACAAAACAAAAAUAAAACUACUUGGGCACAUGGAUUUAAGAUUAUGUGAACAAGUCAUUAUGUGAAAAAGACUUAUAGGAGACAGAGAAUUAAUGAAUAACUGUUAGGAAUGAUUCAAGGCUAUAACUACUUCAGAGGUUAGGAUAAGAGUAUUAAAUAAAGGUGCUCUAACUGAUUUUUACCGUGUUAAAAAAAUGAAAAACAAAAAAGUUAAUUUUAAAUGGUUUGCAGUGGUCCAAAGUUCUUCCUCACUUAUCUUAUGCAUUCAGAGCAUCCGAAUUACUCACCAUGAUGAGUUUAUAAGAGCUUUACACAACUCACAGAAACCAGAGCGGAGUUUAGACAUAGACAAUCUUUAUUGAUCCACAAGGGAAAUGACUUGGACACAGCAGCUCACACAUCCUUAUAAUACAAUAACAAAAUGUAAAAAAAUAAAGGUAAUAAAACUUCUAAAUAAGAACGAAAAACAGUAAUUAAUAUAGUUCCAUUUUAGUGUCAAACAAAAAACAGAUUUUGACCUCUAUUUCCAAUAUUUAAAUUAAAGUUAAUUUCAAAUAACACCAAUCAAAAAACAGUCAUUGUGCCCAUUUCAAUUUUGAGAUUUUAUUCUCUGGUUUAUAUGUUGCUUUGCUGCUUAGUGCUGCGUGUGUGAAUUCAGUUUAUCGCUGCUUCCUAUUUCUCCAUAUCGAUUUCAACAACGACUUUCUAAGAAGCGAAAGUAAACGCAUCGCUAUAAAAGAAGGUAAGACCGUCUUGCAGCAUAAAAUAUUGGAAAUAGAGGUUGAAAUCUGUUUUUUGUUUGACAAUAAAAGGAAUAAUGAAAUAAACUGUUUUCCCAUUUUAUUGUUUUUUGUUCUUAAUUGAAAUUGAAAAGAACAAAUGGUACAUGGACCAGACAGGAGUCAAAUAAAACAUAAUUUUGUAAAUGUAUAUGCACAAGUAAAGUAAAAAAACAGAAAUAUCGUGAUAUAAAUACACUAUGUCACAGUUAUAUACAAGAGGUCAUAAGGAAAACAGUACAAAGCUGUUCUGAUGAUUGACAGAAACAUGGGCUUGGUUGAACUGUAAUGUUAAAGCUAACAACAACUAGCAUGCAACAACCAACACACUUUUGCCACCAGCUCCACUUUAGCACAAAUAUAAAUAAGAAACAAAAAUUGCUGUAAUGUAAUUUCUGUCAGCAGUGAAAUACUGAGUGAAAAUGACUUCUACAUAAAACUACAUGUAAACUAACUGUAAAAUAAUGUACAGUAUAAUAGUGAACAGAUGAUCAAAUUAUGACUUGUAUUAUUACUUACUUAAAGGUGUACUAUGUAACUUUUUGGUUGGGGGUCCAUCACCUGCCUGGAAUUAUAUGACAUUAAACAGCUCUACUUUACAUUUAUUCAGUUACAGGUGGUUUUAUAGCUCAAAAAUACCUAAAAAAAAAAAGUGAGCGGGGUCACCUCUCCACAGAUCUGACUUGUAACUUGGUCUGGUUUGUUCUCCAUCAAGAUAGAAAGGUUUAAUGCCGUACUGUGAAACAUUCCAGACAAAGCCAAACCAUCUUCAUGGAGAAUUAUACAGUUUAGGGGUUACUCAAGAAUCACUGUCCUAAAAUGUGUAAAAAUCCAUAAAUGUAAAAUGUCUCCACUUCUGUUGGGUUUUUCCUCUGCUGACUCCUGUCUGAUCCUCUGUGUUUUUAAAGAAGGACUGUUUCCUUUAUCCAUUAACUUGAUAACCAAUUCCUGAGCCAUCACUGAUCGAUAAUGGGCAUUAUGCUAUUACUAAUGUAUUAUGCACUUCAUAUUCACUGUACAUGUUGUGUGGAGAUGAUUUCACGUUGUCUUACCUUUUAUAAUUACAAUAGCCAGUACAUGUAUCCAGGAAAUGUAUUGAUUUCUUAAUAUUAACAGAUAAGGGUCAAAAAAUACUAUUUGAUCAACUAUGCAGUUUGUUUUGUUUAUUAUUUGUUAACUGUGUUUGGUCACAUCAUCUCAUUUGAUAACUGCUUUGGUCGCUAUUGUUAGGGAAAAUAAGGUGCCUGUAACGUGUCCUAGAGUUGUACAGAGAGGCUGAAGACUCUGGAUGUCGAGGCAGGAGAAGUUUAUUUACUAACAGUGUAGGCUUCUACACAAGAAAGUUUAAAUAGGAGCUAAGGACAGGCUCGAGACGUGCUGGCUGAGAUAAAUUGAGAAGAGCAUAGCACAUCACUGCUGUGAGACUAGUUAACCAAGAACCUGAUAACGUAAAGAAGGACAAGCUCUGUAAUAGUUGGAUGACGCCAGAGCUAACAGAGAAAUGUCAACAAUGAACUGGAUGGGUACUUGCUAAGACUAUGCAGGGGAUGCAACAUUCCUCAACAGUUAUGAUGUAAUAUGUACUGUGCAUAGUGUGUUUUAAUCUUUUCCUAUCACUGUUUAACAUAACUACUCUCAAAUGUGUCAAUGAUACAUAAAAUGUGUGAAAAUAACGUGUUUUGAAUUGGUUUUAUUCAUUUUAUUACUAUUUUUAUUAUUUAAAACAUGUUUUUUGUUCCAAGAGGUGUGUAGAAUCCCUCAGUCGUCCAGCUAGAAUCCAUGACAAAGUUGAAAUUGAAUUUGUCAAUUUUCCAACCUAAAUAAACAUUUGUCCAGUUGACAAA